AUGACAACAACAUCCGCAGAAAAAGCUGAAGUUGAUGCACUUAUUGCUCAAUUAAGUUCAUCACAAGAAAAUGAAAAAAAAAUUAGUAGUAGUCCUGAUGCUACUUCAUCAUCAUCUGAACGUAAACAUAUUUAUAUUCGUCAAAAUUCAGGAUCAAAUUCGACUGCCCAAUUUUCUGGUUCACCUUCAGAUCCACAUAAACAUCUAUUACAAAAAAAUGCUAAACUUAGCAAAAAAAAUGAUCGUAAAUCACGACAAGGAAAAGGUCGUGGUUUAGCGAAAAAAGGUGGCGGAGGCGGAAAUUUUACUUGGGGUUCAAUUGGCUCAGAAUUACUUGAUGAAUAUGCUGAAGAUUUUGAUGAAGAUGAUCUUGCUGAUUUACAAUAUAAUAAUGCGAAAGAAAAAUAUCUUGCUGAAACAGCAUUAACUGUGCAAUUAGAACAAUUAAAAUUAAUUGAAAAUUUUGAUAAAGAUAUUAAACCAAUAAUCGAUGAGUAUUUUGUUAAUGGUGAUGCUAACGAUGUAGCACAAUCAUUACGUAAAUUUGAUUUACGAAAACAUGGUGAUGGAGAAUUACUUGCAUAUAUAAUUACAGUAGCAUUAGAAAAGUCAAAUGUUCAUAAAGAAUUAAUAUCACGUCUUUUACAUGAUCUUAAUGGCAUUAUUUUUCGUAUAAACGAUUAUAUUAAUUGUUUUAAUACGUUGUUAACAACAUUAAGCGACUUAUCACUUGAUAAUCCUGAAUGUUCAACCGAUAUUGGUAAAUUUAUUGCUCGAUCAAUUGCCGAUAAAUGUAUUGAUAAUACCGAUGGCAAAUAUUUUGCUCGUUAUAAAGGCAAUGUAAAAUGUGCAAAAAUGCAAGCUGCUCUUGAUAAAGCUGAAAUACUUGUAACAAUGGGAGAAUUUUAUUUUCUUAAUAAUAUAUGGGGUGCACGGUCGAGUGGUUUUCGACCAGUAAGAGAAUUAGCUGAUAGAAUGAAUUUUAUUAUUCACGAAUAUUAUGAUAGUGGCGAUGGUGAUGAAACAAUUCGUUGUUUAAAAGAAUUAAAUGUUCCACAUUUUUUUCAUGAAUUUAUUUAUGAACUUAUGGAUUUUUGUUUAGAAAAAAAUACUGAACGUGCCCAACAAUUAACAAUUGCUUUACUUGAAACAUUAACAAAAACCGCAAUUAUUACCUAUGAUCAAUUAAAAACAGGCAUGUUACGUUUAUUCGAUGAUAUGGAUGAUAUACAAUUAGAUGUUCCGAAUGUCUAUGAACAAUUACAAAGUCUUAUUAAGCAAUUAGAAGAGAAAAAAAUUCUUAAUCAGGAUAUAACAUCAAAUAUUCCACAAAAAGGUCGAAAACGUUUAACAAGUGGCGAUGCAAAAUAA